AUGGCUACCGCUGUCACCGACGCCGAUCCGCACUGCGCUGAAAGCGCCGACGCGGGCGGCGGCGUUGACGACGCGACGAAGGGCGGCGCGGGCGAGGGCGCGAUCGCGUACGACGCGUACCGAUCGGAGGAGGCGGAUCUGGCGGCGGUGAUGCGGCUGGUGCAGUGCGAGCUGUCGGAGCCCUACUCCGUCUUCACCUACCGCUACUUCCUCCACCACUGGCCGCACCUCACCUUCCUCGCGCGCGCCCCGCGCUCCGCUAGCCAGGACGGGGCUGAGGCGGCGGAGGGCGAAGCGGAGGGGCGGUGCGUGGGCGCGGUGGUGUGCAAGAUGGAGGCGGAGCGCGCCGUGCCGCGCGGGUACAUCGCGAUGCUCGUCGUCGCUAAGGAGUUCCGCGGGCGACGCAUCGCGACGAGCCUCGUGUCGCGGUGCAUCGAGGCGAUGCGCGACGCGGGGUGCGCGGAGGUGGUGCUUGAAGCGGAGGUGACUAACGAAGGCGCGCUGGCGCUGUACGGGAAUCUAGGGUUCAUACGCGCUAAGCUGCUGCACCGGUACUAUCUGAACGGCUCAGAUGCGUUCAGGCUGAAGCUGCUGCUGCCGUCGGCUGGCGAUGCGGUGGAGGAGGAGGAAGAGGCGGCUCAGCCCAAGGCACCAGCGACGCCAGAGCCCCAUGCGCAUGCGCCCACCCCCUCUGCCUCUGAACCCACCAGUGCUGCCGCCAGUGCUGGCAGCAGCGGCAGCACAGAGGGGCGCAAGGCGGGGGGCAAGGGGCCGGCAGGGCGACGCAAGGGAAAGGGGGGCAAGGGAGGCAAGGGGAGAUGA